AUGGCUUCCAAAUCCCAUGUGUUCAUGUUCCCCUGGUUAGCAUUUGGUCACAUACUACCGUAUCUCGAGUUUUCGAAACAAUUAGCAGCGAAGGGUAUUCAUAUAUCAUUCAUAUCCACCCCAAUAAAUAUUAAGAGAUUUCCUUCCAUUCCUCAAGAUAUUUCAGGCAGGUUCAAGUUCAUCGAGAUCCAACUACCAAUUGUUGAUGGCCUGCCUGAAAACUGUGAGGCCACCAUUGACCUGUCACCGGAGCAAAUACAGUAUCUAAAGCAGGCAUAUGAUGCCUUAAAGGUGCCCUUUGAGAGCCUGGUUCAAAAAGAAGCACCACAGAUGAUUCUUUUUGACUUUGCUGCUUGCUGGAUCCCAGCUAUUGCAGCUAGAUAUGGGAUUACUUCUGUGUUUUUCAGUCCAUUAUCAGCUGCCUCAUCAGCAUAUCUAGGGCCACCAGAUGAGUUACGUUCCUUCCGUCUACGUACUAGACCAGAAGAUUAUGCAAGAGCUCCAGAAUGGAUCCCCUUCCCUUCACUUGUUGCUUACAGGCCUGACCAGGGAACAAGGUUUAUGCAACAUGUAUACAUUCCUGAUGUAUCUGGAAUUUCAACUGGCCAACGGCGGGCAAAAACUCUGGCAGAAUGUGACCUGGUUGCGGUAAGGAGUUGUAGAGAGUUUGAAGAUUCCUAUUUGAAUGUCCUAGAAGAAAUCUACCAAAAGCCAGUUUUACCGAUCGGCUUGCUACCUCCAAAUUUUGUUGAAAACAAAACUAGCUAUCCUGAAUCCUCCAAUUUUUAUGGUGCUUUUAAGUGGCUAGACAAACAAGAGCAAAAGUCUGUGGUCUUUGUGGGAUUUGGAAGUGAGUACAAGAUGCCAGUUGAAACAAUCCAUGAAUUAGCCUAUGGUAUUGAACUUUCUGGGCUGCCAUUCAUGUGGAUCCUCAAAAAGCCAGAAGGUAUUGACAGCCAAGACUUAUUGCCAACCGGGUUUGUCUCUCGGAUCUCAGAUCGGGGAAUCGUUAGUUUUGGUUGGGCUCCACAACAAGAAAUACUGGCUCAUCCAUCCAUUGGGGGGUGCCUCUUUCAUUCAGGAUGGGGCUCCAUCAUUGAAUCACUUGGUUUCGGACACCCCUUAAUUCUCAUGCCUAUGGUCAACGACCAGACACUUAAUGCUAAGUUACUAGUGGAAAAGAGCGCUGGAUUCGAAGUUCCAAGGAAUAAAGAUGGUUCAUUCAACCGAGACAUGGUUGCCAAGUCAAUGAGACUAGUGAUGGUCGCCGAAGAAGGGGAGACUAUAAGACGUAAGACCUCCGAACUGCAAGCAAUAUUUGCUAGUCAGCACCUGCAGGAUGACUACAUCAGCAAGUUUAUUCGAUAUACAAGCAGUUUCAAGAAAAGGGAACAUUAA